GGGAGAGUUAGGCUUAGGGUAUGAGAGUGCAUAUGAGCAGAGCAGACUGAAGGGUUGCACUCUGCUGCCGACAUAUCUGGACGAAAGAGAACCAACAAGCAGAGACCGUCGAGAGACAGAGUGAAUAGCUCAAGUGCUGCUCUGCCUGGCCGUAGCAUGGACGUGGACGUGGAAGGGAUUAUUCGCUGUAUUGGGCAGGCUGAUGAGAGCGGGGUUCUAGUGAAACUGCAGCACUUUAACUCACAGUUUGCUCAGUGCUUCUUCUUCGAUGUGGAGGAGAAGGAGAGAAGAAAACGAAAGAAACUGGAAGAGUUCAGGAGGAGUAAAGUGAAGCAGUGUGCCGAUUCUGACUCUGACUGUGAUGAAUAUGACCCAGAUGAUCGAAGCCUCAUCCUGCGACAGACUUUAGCUGUUGUCCUCAUGAGGUUCAUAAGAUCCGGGAUCAAAAGUCGUCUGCUGAGAGUGUCUCUUCGCACCUUGAGGAUUCUGUCCAGGGACAAGAAGGUUCUGGGGCCUUUGGUGAGCGACAAUGCUCUCCUGACCCUCGCAAAGCUGGCUGGUCUGGCCACCUGUGAGGAGUGCGGUGAAGCGAGUGACCCCGAGUCCGAGUUCUACAACAAUAUCAUAUCGUCUCUCGCUGAGUUACCUCAGCGUCACACUGAUGACGUGGAGAGUGACGGCGAAGCCAGUGAUCCGAAUGAAGACGGUUCUGCUUUUGAAGAUGACAUCAAGAGUGACGCAAGUGUUGCCGACAGCAGCGAUCAGGGCAGCCUCAAGUGGCUCGGGAGCCACAGGCCAAGCAUCAACGAAAUGCAUAAGCAGAACCUCCAUCACAAGGUGUUGGAGCGAGGGAGGAAAGACCGACGCGAGAGCAAGAUGGCGGAGGAGGAGGAAGAGGAACUCGGGGAAGAGGCCCAAAGAAAAGAGGCCCUGAAAGUGCUGUGUAAUGUGGUUUACAAUAGCAGCUGGGCACAGGAGCGGUUCAGUGCUCUCAGCCUCCUGAGUGGCCUGAGAGAGCGCCUCCUCUUCAGCAGCAGUGGCUCACCACGCUCCAGUGUCCAGUUCUACGAGCUGCGACUCAUGUUCCUCAUCACCGCGCUGCGAGCGGAGCUCAGCACUCAGCUGCAGCAGGAGGGAGGUGUCUCCAUCCUCACAGCAGCUCUGGAGAACACUCUGGACGUCCAGUCGACGGAGCCAAACCAGCGUGUGCUGUGUCCGGCUGCACAGCCCAUUUCUCUGGAGGCAUCUCAGCAGGCGAUAGAGAUCCUGAAAAUCCUCUUCAACAUCACCCACAGCAGCCACAGAAAGGAGCCGAGUGACGCUGAUGCAGCUCUAUACCGACACCUGGUGGGUAUUUUGCGCCUCUGCCUGUUGAGAAAGUGCACGCUGGAGGAGGACACCGAUGAGCUGCAAGGUCACACGGUCAACCUGCUGUCAGCCAUCCCUCUGCAGUGUCUGGACGUGCUGCUCAUGGCUCCUCUGGAGCCCAGCUCGGAGCAGCAGCUCGGCAUCAACAUGGACUGCGUCCACACCCUGCUCGUCUUCAUGGAACGGCGACUUGAGGCGGGAGACAAGGUGAAGGAGAAGCUGACACCAAUCCUCAAUCUCCUGACGGAGAGCUGCCGUGCCCACAGAGAGACGCGCCACUACAUCAGGACUCAUAUCCUGCCGCCCCUGAGAGACGUAUCACAGAGGCCAGAGGAAGGAUCCACCGUCAAGAGUCGUCUGAUACGUCUCAUGACCCACCUGGACACCGACGUCAAACACUGUGCCGCUGACCUCAUUUUUGUCCUCUGCAAGGAGAACGUGCGGCGUUUCGUCAAGUACACUGGCUACGGUAAUGCGGCCGGCCUGCUGGCCACAAGGGGGCUUCUGGGUGGACAGAGACCCAGGAGUUCCAACACAGACACUCAGUACUCCAGCGACUCGGACUCGGACACAGAGGAGUACCUCCAGAUGAAAGACCGCAUCAAUCCAGUGACAGGCCGAGUGGAGGCGGAACAGCCGGAUCCGAUGGAGGGAAUGACUGAAGAGGAGAAGGAGGAGGAGGCCAAGAGGCUGAUCAUGCUCUUCAACAAGCUGUCCAGGGACAACAUCAUUCAGCCCAUGGGAGUCGACAGCGAAGGGAAGCUCGUGCCAAUGUCUGGCCUGAAGGACGCGGCUCUCACUGAGGAUGCAAACGCUGAACCAGAUGAUGGAGGGUCAAAGGAGUGACUGACUUAACUACCUUCUUGGUCUUGAAUAAUUCCCUUUCAUUUAAACUAUAUUGAUAUUAGUGAUGAAUUGAGAUCCACGGCUGUCGUUGAACAUGUAAAAUAAAUAUAGAAUUACACCUA